AUGGCGUCGAUUGGAUCUGGCGGUAUUCUGCCCCCCGCUGGCUCGCGGGCGCGGAGCUCGGAGCAGGCUGGGAAGACCAAGGCGCCUGGUUUUCAGGAUGCAAAGGCUUUGGAGCUCGAGGGGCAGUUCAAGACCAGACAUCUUGGUGUAUUGGGGGUGCUGACUUGGAUACUGUUCCUACACGCUGCUGGCAUUUACUUCUUCACCAAGGGUUUCCUUCUCACGCGCAUGGUCUUGGAAGACAAGUCAUCCUGCGAUGUUCUCCCAUUUGAUGACGCAGUUCUUCCACAGUCCAAAGGCAAAGGUUGCUGGCAUGAGAAAUCCUUCGACAAGGCCGUUGUCAUUAUCAUCGACGCUCUUCGCUACGAUUUUACUGUGCCGUUUGUCCCAUGGGCAGAGAGCGAGGAGGCAACCCUCUUCCACGAUAAUAUUCCAGUCCUCUACGAAACCGCCGUCAAGAACCCCGCCAACGCCUUCCUGCUCCCCUUCAUCGCCGACCCACCGACAACUACUCUGCAGCGCCUGAAGGGAUUGACUACUGGAACUCUGCCCACAUUCAUCGAUGCAGGAUCGAACUUCGCCGGUACCGCUAUCGACGAGGAUAAUCUCGUUGCGCAGCUUCACCAUGCCGGAAAAACACUCGUCCAGCUCGGUGACGAUACAUGGCAGGCCCUGUUUCCAGGAUACUUCCAUGAGAACCUGACCCACCCAUUCGACUCCUUCAACGUCUGGGACUUGCACACAGUCGAUAACGGCGUCAACGAGUAUCUUUUCCCUCUUCUGAAGCCCGAGAACCGCUCCAAGUGGGAUGUCAUCUUCGGCCACUAUCUCGGCGUGGACCACGCUGGACACCGAUAUGGCCCUAACCACGCUGCCAUGGCUGCCAAGCUGCAGCAAAUGGACCAGGUCAUCCGCGACAUCAUCGCCGCUCUUGAUGAUGAUACCCUGCUUGUCGUAAUGGGUGACCACGGGAUGGACGUCAAGGGAGACCACGGCGGCGAAUCAGAUGACGAAGUCGAAGCCGCCUUGUGGAUGUACUCCAAGCGCAGUAUUUUCGGCCGAACCACCAAGGACACAGUGCUCCCGCCUAAGCAUGCGCGUGAACGCCCCGUUCCCCAGAUCGAUCUUGUCCCGACGCUGUCACUCCUUUUGGGAAUGCCUAUUCCGUUCAAUAAUCUGGGUUCUCCCAUUGAAGAAGCAUUUGCCGGGGCUAAAGGAAAUGACUGGGCUAAUUUGGUAGCUGUGAACCGUCUCACCUCGGCUCAGAUCAAAAGAUAUCAGCAUCAGUAUGCGCAGGUGCGCGGUGCUGGCGAUGACGAGGAGUCGUCCAAGCUUUGGGAGGCUGCGGAGCAAGGGUUCAAAGCUGCUUCGAAGGGUUUCUCAUCGAAGUCGGCCGCUGCGAGAGCUAGUCACGACCUCUAUCGCAAGUAUCAGCGGCACACAUUGGAUAUUUGCCGUGGUCUUUGGGCGCGCUUCGAUGUGCCGAGUAUGAUUGAGGGUGUGGCGCUCUUGAUCUCCGGUAUUGUGUUGCUGGUGUUUUAUGCCCGUGGCAUGAACUCAGACCGCACGGAGCUUACGCCCGACCUUCUCUCUCUCGCUGCCGUUGGUGCCGGAAUUGGUGCCCUGGCUGGUGCUGCCUUAGCUUUGACUGGUAUCACUGAAAUGACGGCUAUCGACCUCUCUGUGCUGCUAGCCGCGGCUGGAAGUAUGGUUGGUGGCUUCUUCGCCAUGAUAAAAAAGUCGGCCAAUUUGACCGUUCCCUUUCCUACAGGCAUUUGGGGUGGGCUUGCGGUCUUCUUCACAGUCUCUCAGUCCGUCGGCUUCGCAUCCAAUUCCUACACCAUCUGGGAAGACAAUAUCCUGCUUUUCUUCCUUACCACUUUUGGUGUCUGCGCUGGUGUCUCUUCAAUGCGUCAGAAACAAACCACAGACCGGGUUCUGGGCGUGUACCAUUCAGUCCUCUUUGUCAUUCUGGGCCGCGUGGCGUCGUUCUCUCGUCUCUGCCGCGAGGAGCAAAUGCCUUUCUGCCGCUCCACAUACUACGCCUCAUCCACCUCCUCAAUCUCCGCCCCCUGGCAACUGGCGAUUCCAUUCCUCGUCACUCUUUUCCUCCCCAGCGUCGUGCGCUCCUUUUAUGUCGGCUCGAAAUCCUACGAAGGUGCCGCAACCUUGUGGAUUGGCUUCGCCUUCCGCCUAGGGCUCCUCAUCACCUCCAUCUUUUGGAUGCUUGAAGGCGCCGAUGACGGCGAAUGGCUGCCCAUCCGCAAAGAACUCCUUAAAUCUGUGCGCACCUUCCUCGCCCAGUUAGUCCUCGCCCUCGCCUUCGGCGCCGGCACAGCGGCCUACUUCUACUCGAAGCCCUGUGUCAGUAUCAGCGUCAGCGCGCCCCAAGUCACCAAACCCCAAGAAGACCCAUCCGCACCUCCUGCACCUCUCAUCUUCGGCCAACCCGAACAAAAACCCCGUAAAACAGUCACCAUCCUCGGCUUUGGCAACCUCCACGGCACACGCUUCUUCUUCCUCGUCCUCAACUUUGCCCUCGCCAUCAUCCUCAUGCAAAAACCGAUGGGGCAGGGCGCAAUCGCCCUUCUCCUUUGGCAGAUCCUCUCCCUUCUCGAAAUCCUGGACACCAACGCCCUCACCCUCUCCAACUCACCCAUCGGCCCCGUCGUCCUCGGCCUCCUCGGCUCAUUUUACUUCUUCAAAACUGGCCACCAGGCCGUCUUGAGUAGUAUCCAAUGGGAAACCGCCUUCAUCCCCCUCUCCACCAUCAAAUACCCCUGGUCUCCCCUCCUCGUCAUCCUCAACACCUUCGGCGCGCAAAUCCUAGUCGCCCUCGCCGUCCCCCUCACAGUCCUCUGGAAACGGCCCUUGCAAACUCACGACAGCCAGGCGCAAGGUGCUAAGCCCGCCAACCCGGCGACAAAGUUGCUUUCAGAUGUCGUCCAGGCGGUUGCCACGCAUAUUCUAUACUUGGCGACUAUCAAUCUUGCUACGACGAUGUGGGCGGGUCACCUGCGGCGCCAUCUUAUGUUAUACCGGAUCUUCAGUCCAAGGUUCAUGAUGGGAGCGACCGUGCUGGGUGUUGUUGAUGUUGUUAUGAUGGUCUUUGCUGUUGCCGGUGUUCGGUGGAGUACUGUGAGUGUUGGAGAGAUUUUUGGAUGGUAG